AUGGCCACCGCAACAUGUCCAGAUCCCUACCUCAUAACACAACCCACCCAUUUCCCUAUCCCAGAAAACCUCACAUAUGUCGUGACGCCAGGCUACAACACAUCGGACGCGUCCAUGGCGGCCUGCUGCGGCCCGAAUCCCCUUCAACUCGCCGAGGGCUGCUACAAGUGGUGCGAGCUUCCCGCGACCUAUGCCGACGAGGACACGGCGCUGUCUAGGUUCAUGUCCUGUCGUAGUCGUGAAACGAACAAGAGGAACAUGACGAUGGGGACAAACGGGACGAAUGGGACAUCUGGGUAUCCUUUCUACUUGCACGUUGCUAAAAGCGGAAGCGCAGGGUCUGGUGUUACGACCGUGAGGCUUGGUAUGUUUGUUUUGGUGGCUACGAUGUUUGUGUGUUUGGUUUGA